GGGGGGGAUAUUACAGGCGCUUCAGACUGGAGGCUCAAAGCGCCAAGUCAACCCAGGGCGAGGAACUUCUGGCGCCCUUUCACUUUUCCUGCCUUUCUUGAUUUUGCUGCCAUUCACUUUCUGGGAACCAGACUCUGCCGCCGCCUCCUCCUCCUCCUCUGUCCCCCCCCCCCCUCCCGCGCGCAUUUUCUUACUUUUUUCAGCCUCCGAUCGGUGUCUGGGCUCAGUGAGCUGCUCAGCUCGGUUUCUGCUUCUCAAAUCCUGCCUUCUCCGCAGGCGUCGCCUUUCCCCCCCUCCCAGCCUCCCAGCCACCCACCCAGCCACCCAGCCUGCUCCGAGCUUCGGAUCCCUAGCCGGGUGAAGAGAGCCGCUGCCGCGCUUCAUAUAUACUUGGAAAAGACGGUGCAAGCGCCUUGCUUCGGCUCUUUCCUGGCCGGGAGAAACGUCGGAUCAGCCAACCGGUCCAAGUUUCCGCUCCCGGGCUCCCGGCCAUUCGGAGAAGAUUGCGAGUAGGAGGAAGAGGAGGAGGAGGAGGAGGAGAGGAAGAAGGAAGAAGAAAAGAUGCGAGGCUCGGCCUGGAGGAAGGGGCUCUAAAGCACCUGUCACGCCGUCCGGAGCAGAGCUGGGAAGGAGCGGAGCCUCCGCAAGCCAGCCGCAGGCAGCCUCCGCAGAGCGAGCCUCCCUAAGGCAGCGACGCCACGGCGCUCCUCCCGGAGGACCCCAGGAUGAGCAAGCCGGCGGGAUCAACAAGCCGGAUUUUAGAUAUCCCAUGUAAAGUGUGUGGUGACCGCAGUUCUGGCAAGCACUAUGGGGUUUAUGCCUGCGAUGGAUGCUCGGGGUUUUUCAAACGAAGCAUCAGAAGGAAUAGGACGUAUGUCUGCAAGUCUGGAAACCAGGGAGGCUGUCCAGUGGACAAGACACACAGGAACCAAUGCAGAGCAUGUCGGCUGAAGAAAUGCUUGGAAGUCAACAUGAAUAAAGAUGCUGUUCAACAUGAAAGGGGACCAAGAACAUCUACCAUCAGGAAACAAGUAGCUCUAUAUUUCAGAGGGCAUAAACAAGAUAACGGAAGCACACCACACUUCUCCUCUGCAGCUCUGCCUGCUCCAGCUUUCUUCACUGCAGUCACACAGCUGGAACCUCACAAUCUAGAACUAGCCACAGUUUCUACAGCAUCUGAAAGGCAGAAUCUAGUUGGCUUAGCUCAGCCAACUCCAAAGUAUCCACAUGAAGUCAGCGGUACUCCCAUGUACCUGUACGAAGUGGCCACAGAAUCCGUCUGCGAGUCUGCAGCAAGGCUUCUCUUUAUGAGCAUCAAGUGGGCCAAGAGUGUCCCGGCCUUUUCUACUCUCUCCUUACAAGAUCAGGCUAUCAAACCUGGGCUGCAAAUAUCAGAACAAUCAGUAGAUGGCAGCACAGAGCUGAUGCUUUUGGAAGAUGCUUGGAGAGAACUGUUUGUUCUAGGAAUAGCACAAUGGGCCAUUCCAGUUGAUGCUAACACUCUACUGGCUGUAUCGGGCAUGAAUGGUGACAACACAGAUUCUCAAAAGCUGAAUAAGAUUAUCUCAGAAAUACAAGCCUUACAGGAGGUGGUGGCUAGAUUUAGACAGCUUCGGUUAGAUGCCACAGAAUUUGCCUGCCUCAAAUGUAUUGUCACUUUCAAAGCAGUACCUACACACAGCGGUUCUGAACUGAGAAGUUUUAGAAAUGCUGCCGCCAUUGCAGCUCUUCAAGAUGAAGCUCAGCUCACCCUGAAUAGCUACAUUCAUACGAGGUAUCCUACCCAGCCGUGUCGUUUUGGGAAACUGCUGUUGCUCUUGCCAGCUUUACGUUCAAUUAGUCCUUCAACGAUAGAAGAAGUAUUUUUCAAAAAAACAAUUGGGAACGUGCCAAUUACAAGACUGCUUUCAGAUAUGUAUAAAUCCAGUGACAUAUAGAACUGACACGGGGCAACCAAGAGAAGCCAGGUGAUCAUUUCUAAAGACCUUUUUUAACGAAUGGAGAGCAAACAUCAGAUAAAUAAUUCUACAAGAAAUGGGAUCCUGGAGACAUUUUAUCCAACCACAAAAUCAAUCAAUAGAGAACAUUUUGUAAGUUUGGGAGAAAAUAUUGUUACAUAUUAAAACGGAGCUCAAUUGAACUUGACAGCUGUUCCCACCGUUGCAGCUUGAUGCUGCCCGUUCCGCUGUUGUUCUUAGAUCCAGGUUUGGAAAAACCACAGUUUAAACAGGGAGAGAUGACAAGGUGAAGCAAAAGAAUCUCUAGGGUUUGUUUAUUCCAUACUCUGAAAAGUUGGGUAACCAAACGUUGUUCUGUUGUAUUGUGUCAUGAAGUGGCCUUCAACAAUUUGUGUAUAUGUGGUUUUUUUUUUAACUAAUUGUCGGUGAAUCCUUUUUACAUGACAGGUAAUAUUGAAUACUAGGUUAUCCAAACAUUUAUGGCAGUUAUAACAUAAUAAAAGUGGCCUUUGCAAUGAAUUUUUAGGGUGUACUCUGGCAAAUACCUUUUGAAUUCAAAUUUGCCAGGCUUGCUAUUUAAGGUUUUUUUAAACCAAUGGUGGACUUCAUGCCUAAAUCUUGACAUCAUUUCAUUUCGGUUUAAUAUGUCAGACAGAAGAGCUUUAAAAAGAGUUUUCCUUUUUUUAGAAAAAUACACACUAAGAGACUAAACAGCAAAACCAAAUAAAAAAAAAAUGGAGAGGACUGACGCAGUGACUUCAUCGCUGUUCCACUGGCAUAAGGCUGAAACCAAAGGCAAUGAUGCCCAAACUCCUUGUUAAUGAGAUGCAUAAGAAGGGACCCAUCUUACAAAAGAAUGGAAAAUAUUAUGAAUUAUUGAAAAAUCAGUUGCUCAAUACAACAAACGUAACUAUCUUUGAGACUCUCUGGUCUGCUUGAUACUGUACUAGGAAACACAUCAUUCCACUUAUGGGUCAUGUUGGCUAGGACUAGAUGUUAAGAUGGGGAAGGCUGUU